CUUCACCUGAGCCUCGUCAACAGCUCCAGGAGACUUCAGAACUGGCCGGCGUCAAUUGCAGCACCUCAACUGGACACUCAAGAGCUGCGCGCCGCUUGGAAGCCAAUUAAUUUGGAGGUUCAAGAAUGCGAAUCGGAAACCUUCUCUCGACACACACACACACACAUUUCACUUGGGCACCUCCUGCGGGAGGGGCAAACUGCAGCAAGAUUGGGCAAUUGGGACCAUCCAGUGGGUUAUCUCUGGAGCACUGAGUGGUGUGGUACCACAUUCAUUGCAAUCUCCAUUUCCGAGCGGCCUGUUCAUACUCUUACAUGA